AUCUUAAUUUCGCAAAAAAAAUGGCUUUUAGCAUGAAAUCAAAAUAUGCUUCGCGGGUUUUAUCUUCCAGUGAUGAAACUGAUUCCGAAGAUUCAGAAGAAGAAAGUGUAGUUGACCUUUCUCAAGCCGAAAAAUUGAGAAUGAGCACUCUUCUACCAUAUGAAAUUCCGGACAAUAUUUUUAGAAUUGUACUGAAGAAAGAACUUCCAGCAGUGGUUACAUCAGAAAUAAGAUUGAGUCAUGUUAAUUAUAAGAAGGCGUACGCUACAAUGAUAUAUCUAGAAGAAGCCACACAAUCCAAAUUCAUGGCUCAGUUCAACCAGAAAUCUAUAAAACUUGAACAAAUCGGAUUCAAAAAAAUUUUUCGUAUAAAAAUAGAAAAGAGAAUAACGAAAAUGGUUGAAGCCGUCGACGAAAAUAUAUUAGAUCAUUUCACGCUAAAGCCUAUUAAAACUUCGAGAAUCUUUAAUAAAAAUAUUUCGAUUCCUGGUUCGAUUAAAGGCUGCAACAAAAAAUAUAUAUUCGUAAAAAUUGAUGAAGAUGGUUUUGAUUAUCUUCGGCGCCACUGUAAGUGGACAUUUUUUGAUAUUUCUUUUCACAUGAAUCGCACAAUAUUUCAACUCCAGCACAAUGCAUUGGAGUGGAUUGAAGAUCAUCAGCUAUUUAGUCUCUUGAUCAAAAAUCCGACAUAUGAUGUGAAACAAAGAGUCACAAGUCACCAUUACCUAGAGACAUAUAAAUUCAGCGGCCUUUUAGCCUCGAAUUUAAACGAUGAGCAGAAGAUUGCCGCCAUAAAUAUCGUGAAAGCACAAAAUGCUCCAAUGCCCUACCUUUUGUUCGGGCCAGCUGGAACUGGAAAAACGCGCACAAUAGUCGCGGCUGUUGAAGAGAUAGUGCGUUCGUCGGAAAAAUGUGUUUUGGUUUGUACAAAUUCAAAUGCGGCCUGCGACGAAAUCACUGAACGUCUUCUCAAAGUUUUACAUUCUGGCGAAAUGUUUCGCAUGUACGCAAAAUCACACGAUGUCCGAAAGAUAAGUGACAACAUCAAACCAAUUUGUAAUUAUUUCAAAAGAAAAUUUCUAUUUCCAUCGUUGAAAUUUUUGUAUCAAUUUCGUGUAAUAAUCUGUACGCUAACUACGUCGGGAUGCAUGGUCAGAGCUCGAGAUGAGUCAACAUUUAAUUGCCACCAUUUUUCGCACGUUAUUAUUGAUGAGGCGGCAAGUACGCAUGAAACAGUAACCUGGAUUCCGGUUGCAGGUUUGUGUACUUCCCGUGGACAAAUCCAUUCAUCAAUUGUUCUCGCUGGAGAUCCAAAACAAUUAGAUGCGGUCACCAAGUCGAAUUUGGCUGCUCAACUUGGAUUUAAAACAUCUUUUAUGGAACAAUUGUUUGAAUGUCGUCUUUAUAAGCGCAACUCAACAACUGGCGAAUAUAAUCAAAAAUACAUUACACAAUUGGUGAAAAAUUAUCGCUCUCAUUCAUCAAUUUUACAUGUUCCCAACGAAUUGUUUUAUGAAAGCAAAUUGCAAGCGAGAGCAUCAUCAGAUAUAACCGAUUGGUUUAUUGGCUCCGAUUUACUGCCAUCGAAAAACUUUCCAGUGAUUUUCAAAUCGGUGCAAGGAUUUUGCAAAAGAUCAAAGGAAGACUUCAGCAUAUUUAAUAUGAAAGAAGUUGAUGGUGUAAUGGGUUAUAUUAAGAAGCUCUUAAGGAAGAAAGGGCAUAACGGCAAAAAGCGACUAAAUGUAGUCAUCACGAGAGCAAAAUGUUUACUCAUCAUCAUUGGUGAUCCACACACCUUGAGUUCGGAUAAAAAUUGGCGAAGACUAAUUGAAUACUGCAUCGAAAAUGAUGCACUUAUUCAAGGUGACAAACCGUUUCGUUUGGAUCAAAAUUCAAGUUCCAGUCUUAUGAGCCGUUUAUCGAAUUUACAAAUUAACUGAAACCAUUGGAUUACUCUAAAUGAAUG